AUGGCUCUUAGUGCCUACGCCUGGACCUCUCUUCCAGUAUACCCAGCUACUAGCAUCCUACGCCCCUAUGGUUCAGCCCUUUGGCCGAUGUUUGGAAGGGGUGCGUCAUGGGAUAAUCACUAUGACUCGUUUAUAAUGGCUUAUAAUAUGGCUUUCUAUCAUUACACUUCUGACUUUAAAGACGAAAUUGAUCCUAAAGACUGGAACGUUUUGAUCUGCCUCCGAUAUUUGAAAGACCGAAUACUAUUUACUUCAGACAGCAAACAAGAAAUCUUGGAUUCCUUUGUUAAAGUCUUCAAGAAAAUUAAUGAGUUUACUUUUGUGCACGCUGAAGCACUGGAAAUUCAACAAAUCAAUAAAAAGAGGAAGAUAGAAGAGAACAUUGAUGAGGUUAACACGUCAGAGAAGAGUGAUAAUCUGCAUGAAGCUACAGCUAUACUUAAUAAGGGUAAUGGCGAACAAAGUUUUUAUAAAGAAGUGAAAAAAUCGAAUAAUCCAUUUUGGUACAAGGGGAAUAUAUUGCCCGACGGUACCAAAAUCGAAAAACAAAACCGUCUAAAUUUAAUACCGUCAGAUGAUUUCUUUCAAGAAACCGACGACGAUGAAGAUAUACCUCCAGAGCAAUCAUUUAUCUCUGCCUCUAGCGGUUCAAAAAUUUGGACCUUGCUUUCGGGUCGGAAUGUUGGUGACAUCUAUGCUAGCAAGAUAUCUGAGAAUGCCAUUGAGAAAGCUAUACUGCGCUAUGGCGCUUCAAAUAUAAUUGAUUUGUCUGCUCACAUGAAGGAAUGGUUUUGUAUUGAUGACAGGAAAUUCAUUACAAAAAAUUAUGAAUCUAUGUUACGAGUUCCUGAGCUGGCAGCUGAAGAGAGUUCAUUUGUAUCGAAAAUUGAGGAUGUAUGGGUCUUAUUUUUCAUAAAUUUAACUUCAUGCGCAUAUAUUGUUGAAGGACUGAGCAAAAAUCUUAAAGUAUAUUCUAUAUGGGGGGAAUCUUUUUGCCCGUUGAGUAGGAGUACAGACUAUACCAAAGGACGUAAAUGUGAUGUCCGCUUCCUAUCAGCAUUAAGAGUUGAUGUUGGAGAAUGGGAAUUUUCUGCAAAGGCUAUAGCAAAUAAGAUCAUUGGUGAUAGAUGCCGUUCCGCUCGAAUAAAUCAAUCGAUUUUGAAUGGAUUACUAGAAUAUGAUCUCAAUGAUAAACAGGUUAAGAAUAUCCAAGUUCCUUUUUUGCAAUUUGGUGGCACAAGUGAACAAUUAAAACUGAAAACUGCUAUCAAUGUUAUCAAGCUAGUCAUG